AUGCGUUACGUCAAUUACCAUCUUCUUUUGAUCUAUGACACGGAUGAAACUUAUUUUGUUGGGCAACGAAAAAAAGAAAAAGAAGAUACGCGCCGAUUAGAUGAAUACGCUCAUUUCAAUCGUCAAACUAGGCAAUGUUCGGUGUACUCCGAUGCUAUAAACCCGAAUGGAUAUCUUGAGUACAAGCCGAAUCAAAAUGUGAUCUAUAUUGAGAAAAUUUGUAUUCCCGAUACCGUACUACCCAUGUCCUGUGAUGACGUUUUCCGAAGAAUCCCACAACACAUACUUUUAGGCCACGCAUCUGAAGUUAUAUCGGUGGCAAGUGAAAACGAAUGCGUUUUGGAAUGCAUUAAAGCGAAGACCAUGCGGUCCGUCGCGUGCCAUUCUGUUCUCCAUUAUCCGGACUUUGCAUCACUCAACUGCAUCCUGAACGUGCAUACGCGGCACACGAAAAAUCAAUAUUUCACACCAGAACUGGCUUAUAAAGUGGAUUAUGUUGAGCUCGGAUCAUGUGUCACUAGUUCGGCUUUAGAUAGCCAACACGGCAUCGGGUCGGUAACGUCCGAGUGGAGUGAAUGGACACAUUGCGACGAACAAACCAGUACAACGAGUCGGCAGAGGUUCAUGCCGUGUUUCUCCGCGAAUAAUUUUGAUGUCGCACUUCAGAAGUUUAUCAAAGAACAACAAGAAAAAGAAGCAAUAGGAAACGAGGUGGUAAAGUCAAGAGAAAUUGAGGCUGAGAAAAAAUUGUUGCAGCAAUUAGAUGCCAAUCCAACCGUUUUAGAAUUUCCUCAAAAAGCAAUGAACGAAAAUAACAAAAACUCAGUGGAAUUCUUUGGACCUCCGCAACCACCUCAGCAAGUACAUCGCCAGGCACCUCCUCAAGCAAUUCCUAGAAUAUCACAAACUUUGUACACUUUCUAA